AUGAAUGCAGAUCGGCUCAUUAAAAAGCUAGUUAAGGAUCCAGUUGAUGAUGGUUCACUGUCAAAAGAGCAAGAUGCUGUUGCUCGAUAUGUUCGUUUCAACUGUCCGACAAGUACAACGAUGUUUCAAGGAAAUGAAGUACACUACUUUUCAGGUUCAAAAGCUAUUGACACUUUGAUGGAGUCAAAGUAUGGUUCAAAAGCUAAAAAUGAAGCAGCCAUGUUAUUCCCCAAUCGGCAGGCUGCAGUUAAUUAUAUGCGUGAACUAAUGGAUCAUCAACUGUUCUUUCAUGCGCGAAAACUGGUGCCAAAGAAGAAAGAGGAUAAGGAGAAAAAGGAUAAGGAUUCAGGGAAACUGGCGAAGCUUGAUAAAGACGAAAAAAAAAAGAAAGAUGACGAGACGGUAACUGAGACAGAGGCAGAAGACAAAAAGGACGAAAAGAAAGCGAAGGAUUCGGACGAGAAAAAAACAAAGGUAUUUAAUGAUGACAAAGAUGUGUAUGUGUGGGUGUUUGAUCCAACGCCAUUAUAUAAAAAGGUUAUAGGACUGUUUCUGGGCACUAUUGUCGGCUGUCUGUUCCCGUUAUGGCCGAUUUGGCUUCGUCAAGGAGUCUAUUACUUGUCACUUGCUGGAAUUUCGCUUUUCGGAGCCAUCGUAGUGGUUGCCAUUCUGCGCACAAUUCUCUUUGGCAUCAUUUGGCUCGGCUCCAUGGGACAACACAAGCUUUGGAUUCUCCCCAACCUGACUGAGGACUGUGGUUUCUUUGAGUCAUUCCAACCGUGGUACACGUAUGAGUACUGUCCGCGUAACGAGAAGAAGAAUAAGGAUGGGAAGAAGGCGAAACAAAAGAAAGCUAAAGACAGUGGUAAGCACAUUCGUGGUAGCGCCGGCAUACUAUGGCUAUAUAACGCUGUGCUUUUGUAUAUCUAA